AAAAGACAACGUCUGUGUGUUUUGAUUGGCUGUUUCUAGGAGGUCGCUAAGGGAGACGUAGACGCGUUGCAGCGAAGCAUUCUGGGAAGGAGAAACUUACCUGUUAUGGUGCUUAUUUGUAAAGAAUGAAGCGUGUUUUCACUCUUUCUGAAAAAGCCUGGAGUGGAUCAUGUUUGCAGUACAAAUGGCAGAAAUCUUUAGGGAAUUAUCUGGCUGUUGCUGGACCCGACAACUCCGUCAAGAUCUUCGACCGCCAUGGCCAGAAGAUGAACGAGAUGAAUCUCCCUGGGAGGUGCAUUUCUUUGGACUGGGAUAAAGACGGAGACACGUUGGCCGUCAUUGCGGAAAAAUCCACUUCCAUUCAUCUGUGGGACGCCAACAUCAAUAAGACGUCACAGCUGGACAGCGGCAUGAGAUCCAUAGAUCAGCUGUCUUUUCUGCUCUGGUCCAAAACGGGGCCGUUGUUGGCGGUCGGGACGUCUAAAGGAAAUCUGCUCAUUUACAACCAGCAAACCUCACGCAAGAUUCCAGUGCUGGGUAAACACACUAAAAGGAUCACAUGUGGCUGCUGGAGUUCUCAGAACCUGUUAGCGCUGGGCAGCGAGGAUCACAAUAUCACAAUCAGCAACCAUGAAGGAGACACCAUCCGACAGACCUCCGUUCGAGCGGAUCCAGCUGAUAUUCAAUUCUCCGUGAUGAAGACGGAUGAGAGAUCAUCACCAGGAGAGAGCACGGUGAGCGUGGCGGUGGGGAAGGCGACUUUGUUCCUGUUUAACCUGAACGACCCGGAUAACCCCAUCGAACUUGCUUUCCAGGAGCGCUACGGCAACAUCGUCUCUUACCGCUGGUAUGGUGAUGGUUAUAUAAUGAUCGGAUUCUCGCAUGGUUAUUUCGUGGUGAUCUCCACACACAUCCGUGAGAUUGGACAAGAACUUUUCCAGGCUCAUAAUCACAAAGACAGUCUGAGCAGCAUCGCCAUCUCUCAGGCUCUCAACAAGGCUGCGUCAUGUGGCGAUAACUGUGUAAAGAUCCAUGACCUGACUGAUCUGAAGGAGAUGGAUGCCAUCGUCACGCUGGACGAGGAGACUAAAGGGUUGGAUCAGAUCUGUUGGACGGACGAUGGUCAGCUGUUGGCUGUGUCGUCUCAGCAGGGCAGACUGCACGUCUAUCUGACCAAGCUGCCCAUCCUCGGACACAGCUGUGGCACACGCAUCGCUUACCUCACGUCCCUGCUGGAGGUCACCGUCGCCAAUCAGGUGGAGGGGGAAGCUGCGGUUACCGUGGCAGUGGAGGUGGAGCCUAACUUUAUUGCCGUGGGACCGUACCACCUGGCUGUUGGGAUGAACAACAGGGCGUGGUUUUAUUCGAUAGGAGACAGAGGUGUGGAACGUCUCAAGGACACUGAAUAUCUAGGCACAGUGGCCAGUUUGUGUCUGAACUGUGACUACGCAGCGGCUCUGUUCGAGGGAAAGGUCCAGCUGCAUAUGAUUGAAGGUGAGGACCAGGACGUUCAGGAGGACAGACAGACGAAACUCUUCCCAGAUCCUGAACAGAAAUAUCGUAUCCUCAGCCACGCACUAUCCACGGAGUUUCUCUUCUACGGAACGGAUACUGGUCUGAUUCAGUGUUUCUACAUCGAGGACUGGCAGAGUGUGAACGAGUAUCGCCACCAAGUGGCCGUGCGCAAGGUUUUCCCCGACCCCAACGGAACCCGGCUCGUCUUCAUCGAUGACAAGAGUGAUGGAUUCCUUUACUCUCCGGUGGACAGCUCGCUGUUCGAGAUCCCUGACUUCUCCUCCACCAUAACAGGUGUACUGUGGGAAAACUGGGUGAACGAUAAAGCCAUUUUUGUGGCGUUCGACGAGGACAAAGUGUACACUUACGCCUUCCACAAGGACACCAUACAGGGUUCGAAGGUGAUUCUGGUGGGUGCCACCAAACUGCCGUUUUCCCACAAGCCCUUGCUGUUGUAUAACGGCGAACUGACGUGCCAGACGCAGAGCGGCAAGACAAGCAGCAUACUCCUGAGCACACACUCUUUCCUCAGCACCACACAGACGAGCAGCAGCAAAGAGCAGCUCCAGCCCCAGCUGCAGCAAGCCAUCAAGCUCAAGAGGUUCUCAGAGGCGUGGUCUUUGUGUUCAGCGCUGGGCAGGACCGAGGCCUGGGCGGAGCUGGGCAAGGCGUGUCUCCAUCACAUGGAGGUGGAGUUGGCCAUCAGAGUGUAUCGCAGCAUGGGCAAUGUGGGCAUGGUGCUGUCACUGGAGGACAUCAAGGGAAUAGAGGAUCAGAAUCUGCUGGCUGGACACCUGGCGAUGUUCUGCAACGACUACAACCAAGCUCAAGACCUUUACCUGGCUUCCUCAUAUCCAAUGGCAGCACUGGAGAUGAGGAGGGACCUGCAACAUUGGGACAGCGCUUUGCAGCUAGCUAAGAGGCUACAUCCUGAUGAAAUCCCCUUUAUAUCUAAGGAAUACGCCAUCCAGCUAGAGUUUGUUGGAGAUUACACAAACGCCCUGGCUCACUAUGAGAAAGGCAUUACUGGAGACAACAAGUUCCAGGAGCAUGACGAGAGCUGUUUGGCUGGAGUGGCCCGCAUGUCCAUCAGGAUGGGAGACAUCCGCAGAGGAGUCAACCAGGCCAUCAAACACCCGAGCAAAACGCUGAAGAAAGACUGCGGCGCCAUCUUGGAGAGCAUGAAGCAAUAUUCUGAAGCGGCUCAGCUUUAUGAGAAAGGCCAGUACUAUGACAAGGCUGCUUCUGUCUACAUUCGCUGCAAGAACUGGGCAAAGGUUGGAGAGCUGCUGCCCCAUGUGAGCUCUCCCAAAAUUCACCUGCAGUACGCUAAGGCCAAGGAGGCUGAUGGAAAAUACAAAGAGGCCGUGUUGGCCUACGAGAGCGCCCGGGACUGGGACAGCGUGAUCCGGAUCCUCUUGGAGCAUCUUAAUAAUCCGGAGGAAGCGGUCAGGAUCGUGCGGGAAACUCAGUCCAUCGAUGGAGCCAAGAUGGUGGCCAGGUUUUUUCUGCGUCUGAGCGAUUAUGGCUCGGCCAUCCAGUUCCUUGUGAUGUCACACUGCAGCGACGAGGCCUUCCAGCUCGCCCAGCAGCACGGCCAGAUGGAGGUGUAUGCUGACAUCAUCGGCUCCGAGGCCAGUAUGGAGGACUACCAGAGCAUAGCACUCUAUUUCGAGGGAGAAAAGAAGCACCUGCUGGCUGGGAAGUUUUUCCGGAAGUGUGGCCAGUACAGCAGGGCGCUGAAGCACUUUCUGAAGUGUCCCAACACUGAUGAUAAUGUGGCUAUAGAAAUGGCAAUUGAGACGGUAGGAGAAGCCAAAGACCAGGCUCUGAGCAAUCAGUUGAUUGAUUAUCUCAUGGGUGAGAGUGACGGAAUACCAAAGGACGCUAAGUAUCUAUUCCGGCUGUACAUGGCGGUCAAACUCUACAGGGAGAGUGUGAGGACGGCCAUCAUCAUCGCCAGAGAGGAGCAGACAGCAGGUAACUACAGGAAUGCCCACGACGUCCUGUUCAGUAUGUACAUGGAACUUCAGAAUAAUAAUAUUAAGAUCCCAGCUGAGAUGGUCACCAAUCUGAUGAUACUACACAGCUACAUACUGGUGAAGAUACACGUGAAGAGAGGAGACCAUCUGAAGGGAGCACGCAUGCUGAUCCGAGUCUCCAACAACAUCAGCAAAUUCCGCACACAUGUCGUCCCCAUCCUGACAUCAGCUGUCAUUGAGUGCCAUCGUGCCGGAUUAAAAAAUUCGGCUUUCAGCUUUGCAGCGAUGCUGAUGAGGCCCGAGUACCGCGGUCAGAUCGACCCCAAAUACAAGAAGAAGAUCGAGGCCAUGGUCCGUCGUCCGGACACGUCUGAGGUGGAGGAGGAGAGCUCUCCGUGUCCGUACUGUGGCUUCAGCCUGCCUGAGUGUGAGCUGCUCUGCCCUGGCUGCAAGAACAACCUGCCCUACUGCAUCGCUACGGGUCGCCACAUGGUGAAGGAGGACUGGUGUGUGUGUCCACACUGCAGCUUUCCUGCUCUCUACUCUCAGUUUACACAGCUGUUAGAGACAGAAUCAGCGUGUCCCAUGUGUUCUGAGAGUGUGAGCGCAAGUCAGCUGAAGAAGAUCUCCGACUGCUCCAAAUAUCUGCAGCAGGACCAGAACGAGCCCUGACACACACACACACACACACACACACACACACACACACACACGUCUUACUAUCCUUUUGGCUUUUUUUUUUUUCUUUUUCCCCACACAUAGACACAUACAGUCACAUACGGGGACACACACACACACACACACAAUCUCGCACAUCUAUAGUUAUGGCAGAAAAUCUUGCUCUGUUUUGCCUUUGGAAGAGACAAACAACCAAUUUUGUGUGUGUUUGUGUGUGUGUGUGUGUGUGUGUGUGUGUGUGUGUGUGUGUGUGCUGCCAUCCUCCAUAUCGAUUGAAAAGCAAAAUAGAGUUUGAUAAUCAGCAGCAAGAAGAAAAUGAGAGCCAUUUUGUACAGUUGUGAUACUGAUUUGUCAUAGAGUUUGCCGAGCUCAUAUUUAUCUCAGAAUAAACAAAAACGUGAUUUUUGAGAAAUAAUUGUUGGAGUGCUCGUUUAUUUCACUGCUCGCUUUACAAAUAUGAUAUUUUAAUUGACAUCUUCCAAAUCUAAAGUGAAAUAUCAACAGUUUCCACCCUUUUAAUCCAAAUGUAGUCAAUCAGAAAAGAUGUGUUUGUUGUACACAGUAUGUUUCUGGUGUACAGUACAAUUCGCCGUUCAUACUCUUGGCCACGCCUCCUAGCUGAUCCUGACGCUGGUCUUGAGUGACACCGAACUGUGCUGAGGAAGAAAGUGAUUCAGCUUUGAAAUGAAGGCUGUUUUUAGUUCUGUAGUGUCCUUGUUUUAGCAGGUAGAUUGCACGAGACUAAACUGGAAGCUAUAAGACUCGAGUCUUGUCUUGACACUUUUUCUGUUUUGACGGAACUGUCUUGGUCUUGGGCGUUGGUCUCACUAAAUACGGUCAAAAUGGUAAAAAUAACACUCGUGUUGUCCUUUCUUUUCGCAUUGAAUCUUUUGCUCUCGACUUGGUCUCCACCCUCUUAAGACUCUGUCUUGACUCAGUCUCAGCUAAUCCUGGUCUUGGACUUGUAGACACUGCCAGUCUGGACUACAACCCUCUUAUACGGUUCCAUUACUUAAUAGCUACAUUAGCCAUGUGGCUCCAGUACAAAAUGAAAGACUUGGUCUUCACUCCAUCUUGGCUUCUUGGCCUCGACCUUGGCUUGGCCUUCACCCACUUAAGACUUAAGACUCGGUCUUGACUUGAUCUCAGCUAGUCCUGGUCUUGGAGCCAUUAGCCAUGUGGCUCCAUUUGCAAAAUGAAAGACUUGGUCUCCACUCCUUUAAGACUCAAGAUUCGGUCUUCGCUCAGUCUCAACUAGUCCUGGUCUUGGACUUGUAGACAAUGGCAGUCUGGACUACAGCCCUCUUAUAUGGUUCCAUUACUUGUUAGCUACAUCAGCCAUGUGGCUCCAUUUGCAAAAUGAAAGAUUUUAUCUCAGUUUCUUGGACUCGACCUUGACUUGGUCUCCACCCGCUUAAGAUCCAAGACUUGGCCUUUAGUCUAUCUCAGCUAGUCCUGGUCUUGGACUUGACUACAGUCCUACUAUAAGGUUCCAUUACAUGUUAGCUAUAUUAGCCUUGUGGCUUCAGUGCAAACUUGUACAUGCCCCAAACAUGAUUUGGUUGAUUGACAACAUUUGUAAUAAAUAGAGAAUUAUGUGUAUUUUUUUUGCUGAACUCAUUCUUUAACUUUAUUUCUGUUUUCCUGAAUGUAAAUAUUUAAGUUAGUUUAGUCACGUAGUAAGUAAAGUUACUAGCUUUUCACAGCUUUUUUCUGUUGUUUUAAGUCGGGGUUAACUAGCCGAUAGCUAGGCAGCUUUAAACACAAUUUCAUCACAGGCUGAAAUCUGAACACGACACACCUUUUAUUUUGCAUACUUUGUACCUCUUCAGUGCUAUUUAAUGCUGCAUGUGUUAGGACUAGACUCCUUUCCCCAGCCAUGCCUGUGCUUUUUCCGUAGUGUUGAAAUCUUAAUUCUGAUUGGUCAGGAGGUGUUGGUUAAUUUUCUAUAACAACAGCUCUAACAAUAGUGCAGCUUUAAUUCAAAUUACAGGUUUAUAUUAAUGCAAUUGUUUUGAUAUUGCUUCUACCGUAACAAGGACUUAUAAAACUAUAGGUACCAAAAUUAUAUACCUGAUGACACGAACUAACCCGCAAGCUAACAUAGCUAGCUAACAUUGCUAAAAAAAAAAAAAACAUUGGCUAACAAUUGUUUGAGUAAUGUUAAACAAUGCAUACAUUAGCUAACAUUAGCUACUUGUCACUGAUACUUACAUAUUAAAUACUUCACAACAAAUAAUUAGGUGUUACAAUGAUAUUAAUUGAGAAAACUAGCCGAUAGCUAGGCAGCUUUAUACACUAGCUAGAUACAAUUUUAAUUCAGUUAUGUAUGUCUAAAACAGCACAAGAACACUGUCAUUUAGUACAGAUUAGACUUCGCUAUUGAAAGACACACAAUUUUGUCUAUGUUGUGUAAUAACAUGGUUAUACAUACGUUAUUACAUGCGCCAAUCAUCCUUAAACACAAUUUCCUCACAGGCUGAAAGCUGAACACAAGACACACCUGUUAUUUUUAUACUUUGUACCUUGUAUCUUCAAUGUUAUUUCUCAUUUCUGCUCUAUGUAAUACUUGAUGUACUGUGUUUAGAUCUGAAAUAUUAAGGAUAUUUGUUAAGGUACGCUCACACCUAUGCCACUGAUAGUGAUUUUAGCACAAAGGAAACUGUUUUUCAUAAAUAUAAUCAUUGAUAAAUGUGUCCGUUUGACGUUUUCAUGUUUCGCUGAGGGCUGAUAGGUGAUGGAGGCUGCUCCUGAGUGUACACAGAUAAGAGCGUGGAAUGUAAUUACAUGAAUCCGUCUUGUACCUGUGUGAGAAAUACGUUCUCAGAUUGAAAGUGUGUCGUCUGUACAGGUUCAUAUUUUUCAGCCUUGGACUUCUAUGGGUUGUUUUGUUAGGGAUAAAAAAAUUGGGAUUUUUUUUUUUUUUGAGAAAUUUUUACAUUUUUUACAUUUUACUUUUUCAUAUAGCAAAGAUUAAAAAUGUGUAAUUACCCUUCUUGAGUAGUUUAUCAAUGUGGAAAUAUGGUUCUCAGAUUUUCCAGUUUUUGUCUAUGUUGGAAGACAAUUUUUUUUUAAGUUUACACAAAAAAUGUAGACAUACUGAGCCUUAUUUAUAAACAGGAUAUGAAGACAUGUAUUUGUAAAUCAUUUAUUUGAGUUCCUGAGUGCUCAGUAAUGUGAACUUCAAUUGAUCAGCUUCAGAUCAUGUAAUUGUUGAUGAAUUACUGCGACUCUUUCAGUGUGUAGUGGUGUUCAGCUCUCUGUGAGCUUUGCCUUUUAUGGAGUUUUGUGGGCGUCGCUAAAUGUAAAUCAACUGUGUCAUGAAGGUACUUGGUAAUUUACGGUUGAUUGGCAUUUAUCUGCAUAUGCGUAUGAGUACGAAGAAGUUCUGUGUUACUGAAACUUUCUUUUUUUGUUUGCCUACAAAAAAAAACCUUUACACACAAGAUAAACAAGGUCUGUGUUCUAUGCCUCCCU